AUUUCCUCACUAGAUGGUGUGCAAGCCACUGGAGAGUCGACUUCCUCCCGCGGUCAGGUUCCGAUCAAAACAAAUCUGGGAAACUACACGGAACGCCGUUUCUCGGGGUUUUCGCGGAGGAUUAUUGUGUUUUCAUCCAGAUAUUUUUAUUUUUGAUAACGGCGCGGAUCGUGCUCCAUUCGGCGGUGAUGGACAUAAUGAUUGCAGUGCAGGAUGCGUGCGUCUCCGGUCAAUGGCUCACCGCUAUAAUUCUUAGUCUUUGCUGCUUUUUACCAUCGUGCUUGCCCGCUGGACAAACUGUGGACUAUGCGUCCAGCGAGAGUGUGGUCAGCAGACAGGGAGACACCGCGCUGCUCAGAUGCUACCUGUUGGAUGGGAUCUCAAAAGGAGCAUGGUUGAAUCGUUCCAGUAUCAUUUACGCAGGGAAUGACAAGUGGUCAGGGGAUCCUCGUGUGUCCAUCGUAUCAAAUGUGGGGGAUAAACAUGAAUACAGCUUACAGAUACAGAAAGUGGAUGUAACGGACGAGGGCUUGUACACCUGCUCGAUACAAAGUGAACGUAAUCUACGCCCAAAGCUCAUUCAGUUAAUUGUAAAAGUUCCUCCCAAAAUCUAUGACAUUUCAUCGGACAUUACGGUAAACGAAGGCAGCAAUGUUUCACUCAUCUGCUCAGCCAGUGGGAAACCAGAGCCCAAAAUCUCUUGGAGACACAUCUCCCCAUCAGCCAGAAAGUACGAAAGCGGGGAGUAUUUAAAUAUCACAGGCAUCACUCGGGAUCAAGCUGGGGACUAUGAGUGCGGCGCCGAAAAUGACAUCGCUUCACCCGACACCAAGACCGUGAGAGUAACAGUCAACUUUCCUCCAGCAAUCCAUGAGAUGAGAAGUCACGGGGUCCGACCCGGUCAGAUUGCCCUGCUGAGAUGUGAGGCAGCAGCUGUCCCCUCUCCAGCCUUUGAGUGGUACAAGGGAGAGAAAAGGAUUAACAUGGGCCAAGGAAUAGACAUCAAGAACCUCAGCUCCAGAUCAGUUCUCACAGUGAAGAACAUGACACAGGAUCGCUAUGGCAACUACACCUGUGUGGCCGUCAACAGGUUGGGAACAGCCAACGCCAGUGUGCCUCUGAUUCCAAUUAUUGAACCCACAACAACUAGUGCUGUCUCAAGUCCAGGAGGGUUGGAUUAUGUGUAUUCAGAAAGAAGCAAUACAUACGCACCCAACACCGCUCCGUAUGGAAGUACAGGAGGCGCUGAAGUCCUGCUGGCCUGCCGGUACCUGAUCCUGGCUCUCUCUUCUCUCGUCAGCAUUUACUAGCCCUGGGGACGGCCAUACACAAUGACUGUAAAGAACCCUUUUGAGCAUUUACAGAUCCUUUGACAUUGCUGAUGGCUGGAUCCAAUCUGGUACAGUGUGUUUGGAAAGCAGCGAGGGAUUUUAAUCAGCAUUUCUUAUGUUGGGAUGGUAAUUUUCUUCUGUGGUGUUUGUCAUCAUGUAAAUACAUAUGGUUUUAGGGGGUUGGUUUUCUUUCUCUUGUCUUAUUUUCUAUUAUUAUCUUAUUUUCUUUUCCUGAUUUCCCACUUUGUGAAUCAGCACACAUUGUCCCCUUCGAAUGCUCACAAAUUAGCCGAAAUCACGCUUUGGAAAAGUAAGGGUGUGUGACGUUAGUGUCUUUGUUAUUGAAAAAGGAAAGACGCCCUAGUGUGUGUCACCUUGCUCUCCGUGCUGGUACAUCAUUCACAUACUCACAAAGUGUUUAAAUAGUACGGUUUUUGCCGAGCUCAUUUAAAUCCAGUGAACCAAGAAACACUGUUUAAGAUUUCACAAAGGGAGAGAUAUUGAAAUUGAUAUCAAACGUAAUACAGUCAAAGGCGAAGUGAACAAUAGAAGAGCAGCUUUAGUUUAAUACGCUAAUGCGCGUGUUUUUUCCAUUGACGGUGAAAUAUGAUUAUUCAUUUUCUAGACCAAAACUACAGCCAUACCUCAAAGGUUUAGACCUCUGGGCUAUAGACCCCAAUUGCAUUUAACUGAAUUAUGCAGUGUACGAUCAUAAACCUUUCUAGUUAUUCUAGAAAUACAUGAAUUAGUUGUUUUACUGCAGGAAAAAAAUCUAAACCUAGAUUGCACUGGAGAUUCAAAUACGUAAUCGUAUGAGAUACAUUUGUCUCUUGUAAAACUAUUUGUGAGUGAGCCUAAUUGUAAAAUUAAAAUGAGCCUCUUGAAGUGGUCAAAAGGUUAUAAAACAGCAAAGCAGAGUUACAGAGC